AUGGCAAGCGCAAGCAAUAAAGUACCUAAUUCAACGGAUGGGAAUCUCGAAACAUAUUCUCUUCUUUGGCUUGAUGGAAAAGUUAAUAAAACCGAAGAAAAUUUAAAAACACAACAAAAACUUCGGCAAAUAAUUAAUCAUCUUAAAACAUUUACUGAUAAAGAACAAUGUCAAGAAUAUAUUUCAUCAGUUUCUCAACAAGACCGACUUGUUAUUAUUGUUAGUGGUCAUUUUGGUCGACAAUUAGUACCUGUUAUUCAUCCUUUAAGACAAGUUUCAUCUAUUUAUGUUUAUUGUAUGGAUAAAAAAGCAAACGAACAAUGGGCAAAUGAAUUCAAUAAAGUCAAAGGUGUCAUUACGCGAUUAAAAGAUCUUAUUACUCAAAUUGCAUUAGAUCAUAAAAGUCGAAUACAAUCUGAAAAACCACUUGUAAUCAGUAUUUAUAAAAUAAAUGAUAAUUUAAAUGAAUUAAAUAAUCAAUUUAUUUAUUCAUAUUUAUUAAUUGACUUACUUCUUCGGAUGAAAUCAGUUGAAACAAAUAAACAAGCAUUAAUCGAUAUUUGUAAAGAACAAUUUCCUAAUAAUUUUGCGCAAUUAAAUCUUAUUGAAGAAUUUAAGGAGAAUUAUAAAAAUGAUAAAGCAAUAUCGUGGUAUACAAGAAAUUCAUUUUUAAAUCAAAUUUUAAAUAAAGCAUUAAUAACACAAAAUAUUGAUUUAUUAUUUUUAUUUCGUUCUAUUAUUUACGAUAUUUGUGAACAAUUAAGACAAUAUCAAAUUAAAUUACCUAUACAAGUUUAUCGUAGUCAAAUGAUGUCAACCGAUGAAUUAAAUAAUCUUCAACAAUCAAUUGGAGAUUUUAUUUCAAUGAAUUCAUUUAUUUCAACAUUUAUACAAAAACAAAAAGCAUCACAAUUUUCAAAUAUUUCAAAUGAUUUACAUCGUGUUCUAUUUAUUAUUGAUGCCGAUCCAAAUGUUGUUAUAUCGAAACCAUUUGCUGAUGUUAGUCAAUUUACUGAUGAUUAUGAAAUAUUAUUUAUGGUCGGGUCAAUUUUUCGUAUAAAUCAUAUUCAUCAAGAUUUAGAUGAACAAAUUUGGGUAAUUCAAAUGAGUUUAUGUGGUGAUAAUGAAAAACAAUUGAAAGAUGUUUUUGAUCGUAUGAAAAAAAAUUAUGGAGGUGAUGGUAAAGAAGUUAGUCUUCGUUCGUUUGGUGAUCUAUUACGUGAUAUGGGUAAAUUGGAUUUAGCAGAAAAAAUGUAUUCUCGUUUACUUAAUGAACUUCCAUCGAAUGAUGCAUCACUUCCCGAUUUGUACAAUUCAUUUGGUGUAUUGAGCAAAGAGAAACGUGACUAUAAUACGAGUCUUCAAUGGUAUAAUAAAGCAUUAGAAAUGAAUACAAAAAUAAAUUCAUCUGAUUAUGUUAAAAUAGGAAGUUUAUAUAAUUCCAUUGGUGUAGUUCAUUGGAAAAAAUAUGAUCCCGUUAAUUCAGUAAAAUAUUAUAAGAAAGCAAUUGAACAUUUUCGACAAGCACGUGAUGAAAAUCAUUCAUCUCUUGGUGAAUUUUACAAUAAUAUUGCGACGGUUUAUCAAAGAGAGAAAAAGUUUGCCAAGUCAUUGAAAUAUUAUAAGAAUUCAUUAGUUAUUCAAGAAAAACAUUUACCUUCUAAUCAUGUAGAUAUAGCUACGUGCUAUAAUAACAUUGGAAGUGCUCAUUUUGGCCUCGAGGAUUACAAACUUGCACAAGAAUAUUACAAUAAAUCACUUGAAAUUCGAUUGAAAUCACUUCCUGCACAACAUCCGGACAUUGCCGUGUGCUAUAAAAAUAUUGGUGCAAUCUAUGAAAAGAAAAGUGAAUGGCAACAAGCAUUAACUUAUUAUGAAAAAGCAUCGACUAUCUAUCGUAAUUCAUUACCACCUCCGAUUUCGAAUUUGAUUAAAAUUAAUCAAGAUAUUGAUCGUGUAUCAUCAAAACUUAAAUAA